UGAUUUAUAUUCUCGCCUGCCUGAUUGACUUCUUCACCACAAGGAAAAUCUACACACAAACCACCAAGGGGUUCAAGGUUGGAGAUGUGACCAUGACAUUUGAGUCCAUAUACAAUGAUGUCUGUGUUACUAUGGAUUCUGUACACAGUUCAAAUGGGCCAUUGAAAGAAGAGACCAUGAACAACGUAGAGAAAUAUGUGGAGAAAGAUGACCAUUUGCCUGUUCUCCUCACCAGACUUCGUACACAGGGAAAGAAAGUCUUUCUGGCCACCAACAGUGACUACAAGUACACAAAUAAAAUCAUGAAUUAUUUGUUUGAUGCAGAGACCAAUCCAGAUAAUGCUAGCUGGAUAACCUUCUUUGAUUUCAUUGUUGUGGAUGCACGGAAACCACUUUUCUUUGCCCAAGGGACGGUACUGAGAGAAGUCAAUAUUAAAACUGGAGGCCUGCAUCUGGGAACUUUCACUGGAAAGAUCCGAUCCAACGCCAUCUACUCUGGAGGUUCAGUUGAUGUUUUCAAUGGUAUGAUGGGGAUGGUCAACUCAAGCGCGGAGGUCCUGUACGUGGGUGACCACAUCUUUGGAGACAUCUUGAAGUCCAAGAAAAACCGUGGCUGGCGAACAUUCCUGGUGGUUCCUGAGAUGUUGCAGGAGCUUGCAGUGUGGACACAGCAGAGCCAGUUGUUUCGCAAGUUGUCAGAUUAUGAUGCCCAGAUAGCAGAUAUGUACAGAAAUAUGGACAGUAGCGAUGUGACACACCCAAACAUCACCAAAAUCAAGAAAGCUAUUCGGGAAGCAACUCAUGAAAUGGACAUGGCGUAUGGAAAGCUUGGUAGUGUUUUCAGAAGUGGAAGUCGUCAGACAUUCUUUGCUACACAGGUCAUGAGGUAUGCUGACCUCUACGCAGCAACCUUCACCAAUCUUAUCCAUUAUCCGCUGACCUACUGCUUCAGAUCACCGCCGAUGCAUAUGCCACAUGAAUCGACAGUGGACCAUGAUGCAACAAUCACUGAUGAGAAAUUCCGUUCCAUCUUAGCCACCUGGAAAUCAAAAGUCACAGGUUUCAAUGAUUCACAGUCAAGACAGUCUUUGAUGCAGCGUUCAGACAGCACAACCCAAAGAUUAUUCUGUGAAGCACCACAAGAACUGGUUGAGGUGGCUGAUGACUUUCUGGAAGAUGACCCCUUAGAGGAUGACAUCUAUUAA